GGCCCCAUAAUAUUUAUGUAAUACCUAAUCACCUCCCUCCUUAAGAAACCAUAUCCAUCUUCAUCUUCAUCUUCAUCUUCAUCUCUCUCUCUCUGCAACUCCUUUCUCUAUCCGUCCUUAAUUUGUUCUGUUUUUCUGGGUGGGUAUCCAUGGGAAGAGCCAUCAAGCUUAGAGAUCUGAUAGGAGUGGUAAAGGACAAAGCUUCACUAUCCAGAGCCGCCCUCCUCUCCACCCCGAACACCCUCUCCCUCCAACUCGCCGUCCUCCGCGCCACCACCCACUCCGCCUCAACGGCGCCGGCCUACAAGCAACUCGACUCCCUCCUAUCCCUCGGUGACGCCUCACGCACCACGGCCUCCGCCCUCGUCCAGUCCCUCAUGGACCGCCUCCACCGCACCGGCGACUCCUCCGUCGCCCUCAAGUGCCUCUUCACCAUCCACUACAUCAUCAAGCACGGCCCCUUCAUCCUCCAGGAUCAGCUCUCCAUCUUCCCCGCAGCCGGCGGCCGCAACUACCUCAACCUCUCCGCCUUCCGCGACGGCGCCAACCCUACCACGUGGGCGCUCUCCGCUUGGGUUCGGUGGUAUGCUCGCUAUCUCGAGAACCUCUUAUCCACUUCUAGGAUCCUGGGUAUCUUCCUCUGCUCAUCUUCAUCCACCGCCGAGAAAGACAAACAGGAAGAGAGGCUCGCGUCGUUCAUGAACGUGGAUUUAAUCAGAGACGCCGGUUCCCUGGUUUCAUUGAUCGAAGAACUCUGCGACAUGCCCGAUUCCCUCCUCGUCGAAGGCAACAAGUUGCUGCACGAUGUCAUGGGUUUCGCGUGCGGCGAUUAUCUGUCGGCGGUCAAUGAGGUGGUGUCGAGACUCAGUGAAUUCAGAGUGCGAGUGAAUUGCCUGAGUUUCGGUGAAUCGGUUGAGUUGAUGAAGGCUUUGAAGCGGCUGGAAAAUUGCAAGGAGAGGUUGGGUCUGGUGUUUACCGUAAACAAGCCUUCGACGGAGGCUUUGUGGGGUUUGGUUGAAGAGCUGAAGAGUGGGGUUGGGAUAGUCAUGGCGGAUGGGAAGGCGAUAAGCUUGGGAAGGACAGAGAAGGGGACCGAGUCAGCCCGGUUUAACGGCGACCGAGUUCUGAAGAACUGUGAAUCGGUUGAGUUUUGUUCGGAACGGUUUGAAUUAAAUAAGCUGUCUUCUAUGGCCUUAGAAUCUGCUUACUAUUUAUCGUAAUGUGUUGGGUACAUAAUUUUAUUGUGUCGGCUUGUCUGAAUUGAAUUGAAUCUUUUAUGUGAAACAAAAUACUCUCUGCAUCAUCAACAA